GUCUGAAUAAGCAUCAUAAUCAUCGUAGCAUUGUGACAAACACCUUACACGGAUUAGAAAAAUGGCAUUCAAAUUCGUAAUCUUUGCCGCCGUCGUGGCAGUGGCCAAUGCCAUCGUUCCAAUCGGAUACCCUGGAGCCUACCCCGCCCUCGGUGUUCCCCGAGUUGCCGCUCCCCUAGCUUACCCAGCCGUUGCUAAGGUUGCCGCUCCAGUGAUCGCCAAGGCCGUCGAUGAUUAUGAUCCAAACCCACAAUACAGCUACAGCUACCACAUUGCCGAUGCUCUGACCGGAGACAACAAGGAACAACAGGAAUCUCGCUCCGGAGAUGUUGUCACUGGAUCCUACUCCCUGAUUGAACCCGAUGGCACCCGUCGUGUCGUUGAAUACACCGCCGAUCCAGUCAACGGAUUCAAUGCCGUCGUCCACCGUGAGCCACUUGCCGUCAAGGCUGUUGCCCCAGUUGCCGCUCCUCUGGCCUACCCAGCCGUCGCCAAGGUUGCUGCCCCAUUGGGCUACCCUGGUGCUCUCGGAUACCCAGCCUACGGAAAGGCCCUCAUCGGUUAAGCAUCGCACUAUCUCCUAAGGUCCCCAUAACUUCUGUCUGUCUUCCUCAUCUCAUUCUCAGUCAUUAGUAUAAAUACUUACUAUUUAUUCUAUUCUAUCUUUAUUCUUUCUGAGUCCCAUUUCGCACUCCCCCACCCCUAUGGCUACAAAUGUGAGUUUUCUAGUUAUUCCAAGCUCAAAUGAAUGCGUGUAUAAAAGAUAUAGGUACUUGUAAAUAGUGAAACAAACCCUAGUGAGCAAAGAUGCUACUGGUUAGCAUCUUUUUCCUUGACUGUGUGACAAAACAAAAUGUACAAAUAAGUGUUCGUAAUGCAACAACAUUGCGAAUAAAUAAAUGCAAUUUCUU